CAAGCUUGCCUCUCAGAUUAACACAGAGCUAGAGAUCAAAGAGGAACGAGAAAAAUACUUCUACAAUAGUUGAUAUACAAAUGGCUUCUUUCACAGCCCCGAUAGUCGAACAGGGCAGCGACGCUUCCAUCUCCUCCCUCCACUCCGACAUAAUCACCUCCCACAUCCUCACUCGUCUCGACGGCCCCACCCUCGCUGCCGCCUCUUGUGCUUCAUCGGAACUGCACGCACUCUCGGCUGAUCAGACACUCUGGAAGGACAUAUGUGACGCCACGUGGCCUUCCGUCUCCGAUGAACGUGUGGAAGGUAUCAUUUCCACGUUCCCGUCCGGCCACCGUUCUUUUUUCUCAGAUUCCUUCCCGCUUCUUGAUCACUCGUCCUCGUGUGAUCCCAGCCUUUUGGCUCGGUCGUCGGAGCUGAUCUCCGCCGUGGAUAUAUUCUACAAGGGAGAGCUGGUUUUCUCCAAGGUUCAAGAGACCGAGACUGAGACCGGGUGGUUCUUAUGCUCACCCUUCAGAAUCGACUUGCUUGAACCCAAGGAAACCGUCCCAACUCCUAUAAGACACAUCGGAGACACCAACGAGUCCCUUAAGCACCUGGAAGAGAACUUAACAUUGAGCUGGAUCGUGAUCGACCUAGCGCAAAAGCGCGCGGCAAAUCUCUCCAGCCGGAAGCCAGUGUCGGUCACCCGGCACUGGCUCACCGGCGAGGUACAGCUCCAUUUCGCAACAAUUAUGCCGGGGUAUCGUCGCGGGGAGUUUGUGCAGUGCGGAAUGGUGGUUACGUGCAAGGGGAGCGACGGAGGGGAGCUUCACGUGAGGGAGGUGAGCAUGCAGAUGGAAGCCAUGGAAGGAAACCACCUGAACGGGAAGGAGAGUUUGAUAAUUCUGCAAGGGGCGAUUAAGGGAGGGGAGAGGAAGAGGGAGACGGAGGAUGGAAGUGAAGGGAAGGCGAAGUUUGGGGAGUUUCUGGAGAUGAAGAGAGAGAGGAAGGAGAGGACGCAGAGGAGAGAAAGGGCGUUGGAUAUGAUCUGCAUUGCUACCGGGGUUACUUUGUUCAUGGCUUUUUGGUCCUUCGUCUUGUUUCGUUAGAGAUCGAGUUACAGCCAAUAGAGUUUCAUCAGAGUAGUUCAUACAAAAGGAUCGAGUACAGAAUUCGAUACUAGCUAAUUACGAUUGUUUCAUUUCAUUUUUUUAUACACAUGUGAAUAUGAAGCUGUGUACACAGUUAUACACCAUUUGAUUGGUCACAAGUUCUCCAAAUCAAUGAAAGCUGUAUUUUAGCCA